CGCAGCUCGUUGUGUGGCUGUAGCCUAAAUCAGCAUGACAGCACGGAUAGAAAGCCUACUUCAAAGCCCCUUAGAGACGCGUAGAGGUCUACCUCUUCAUCUGUGGUCAACAGAUUCAAAGACUAAAACACAUUCUCAUCCAUGUAGCCCAGAGCCAUGGCUUCUUCCAGGCUGCAGUUCAGUGUAUGAUAGUCUUGUAAGCUGCUCUAAAACGCCACAGUCAACUUCACAGAAUGGAGAAAAGACCUCCGUUCAGAAGUCCCGCAGGUCUUCAAUCCUUGAGAGGUGCAUCUUGAAAAUAUCUACAGCUAAUGUUGCUGUUGGAACAGAGGACCUAGAUGGCAUCAAAAGGUCACCAUCAGGGCUGCAGUGGUGUUCUCACAGUGCUGACACAUCACAAUUUGAGACCAAUGAUGCAGUUUUGAAGCGCAGACAAAAGCAGAUUCAGUAUGGAAAAAACACCUGUGGUUACCAGAGCUAUGUGCAGCAGGUCCCAAAGCGUCUACGGGUUCCUGGGGUUCAUCCUUCCACUCCCAAUAAAUACCGCAAAUAUAGCCGCAGAUCUUGGGAUAUGCAAGUCAGGCUCUGGCGGAGAGCACUCCAUGCAUGGGAUCCACCAUCUGCCUCCCAGAAAGACAUGGAGGGCCAAGACCCAGUUGAUCAACUGCAAACCCUGCUUGACAAAAUGAAUACGGAGUUGUGUGAAGGUGGAGAUAAGGAGGGAGUGAAGUGGGAAACAGGACUAGACUCCAGCACUUCCAUAAUUUCUCAACCUAUGGAGUUAUCAAGCGACGGUCCCUGGCUGUCGUUCAGCACUUCUCAAGUUGAUGUCCCAUGCCACCAGAGCCAAACCUCUCAGCCUGGAUUGGGCUAUACCUUCAACAGUCACCUAUCUGCACAGGAGAAUGUUCUAGGAUGGUUGCGAUUUCUCCUUGAGACUAACCAAAACUGGAACCAAGCACCUUUGCUGCAUGAAGAGCCUUUCUGGAGAUUUACGUAGUGUACUGUCAAGUUAUUUGAAUGGUAUCCACAAAUCAUGUGCAAUAGUUUUUUGUCCAGCAGUGUUAGAUGUUCUGAGAAAUAUUACACUUUGAUCACUAUGGUCAUCUAGUUUUGUAAGUUAUUUAAUUUAUGUAGUUUGGCAUCAGCGUAUCGUCUUCAGAUGAAUGUUAUGGUGCACUUGCACAUAAUUGUAAUCGUUACUUUGUUUUGCACUCUUCAGUUUUCAAUUCUUCACCCCACCUUACCUUUUUAGAAGACACGUGUUCAAGUCAUGAUUUGUUGGGUUCUUCACACUCCUUUCUCCUGUUUCCCGUUUUCUUCACAUCACUGUUUUUCUAAAAACAGACGACGUUUAGACAUUUUAUUUUUUAUGUGUGUGUAUGUUGAUCUCUAAUAAUGGAAAUCAAGUUAAUAAAGAUGUGGACUGGCUAUACAUGAA